AACCGGAAGUGCAAAUCCGAAAAUAAAAAAGUUCUGGAUUUGAAAAUCAGGAUCAGAGCCAAUGACAGCAAUGAAACUGACAGUCCGUGUUGUGCUGAUGAUGUUUGUCAUCUUAGGUGUGGUUACUUUGUAUGUAUCCUACACUGCAUACUAUUCAAGCACACUGAAAGUGAAGCAGCCAGUGACAUACAGGACACCAUUUAGAGAUAUUAAAAUAACAGCUGUUCAUCCGAAGCCACCAGAAAAAGCAUGUCAUUCAGUCGAGACUCAACUAAAAUUCGACUGUCAUCCUGAGAAUUUUCCCACAAAGGAGAUGUGUGAAUAUAGGGGUUGCUGUUGGAUUGCAACUCCUGCACGCAAGAAACCAAUCAGCUCUCCUGAUCCGCUGGACUCCCAAGCUCCAGUUGAUGUGCCAUAUUGUUUUUAUCCAGGAAAUUAUUCAGCAUAUAGAGUGAUAAACACAGAGAAGGUGUUCACAGGAACAGAGGUGCUGCUAAAAAGAGACUCGCCAAGUUAUUAUCCUAAAGAUAUCCAAUAUCUUAAUGUAAACUUUAAUUAUGAAACUCCAACAAGAUUAAGAAUAAAGAUAUAUGACAGUGUGGCCAAUCGUUAUGAAGUGCCGAUAGUUCUAGAUCCUGCAAGACAACCCCCGCAUGACCCAGCUUAUAGAAUUCACAUACAGAAUGAUACAUUUCAUUUCAAAGUUAUUCGUAAAGCUGAUGGCAAACAUAAUGAAACAGUAUUAAUGGACACCUCGCUUGGUGCUAUGAUAUUCAGUGAUCAGUUCCUCCAGAUCUCCAGUCUUCUACCUUCUCACAACAUCUAUGGCCUUGGUCAGCACAGAUCUCACCUAAAUCUCAACACCAGCUGGUCCAGAUUCACCAUGUGGAAUAGGGAUCACUUCCCUAUAGAGGAAGAUGCAAACCUGUAUGGGAGCCACCCCUUCUACCUAGUCAUGGAGGACAGUGGACUCAGUCAUGGGGUCUUCUUAUUAAACAGCAAUGCUAUGGAUGUGAUCCUUCAACCCACACCAGCAAUAACAUGGAGAACAAUAGGUGGUGUAUUAGACUUCUACAUCCUAUUGGGGCCGACUCCAAUAGAGGUUGUCCAGCAGUACACUCAACUUGUAAGCAGGUCAUUCAUGCCUCCCUACUGGAGCCUGGGCUAUCACCAGUGUCGCUGGGGAUAUAACACAACAUCAAGGACACUUGAUGUCGUACACAGACUCAGAAAAGCUGGAAUUCCACAGGAUGUGCAAUGGAAUGACAUGGACUAUGCCAACAAUUACAUGGAUUUCACCUAUGACCCUGAGAAGUUUGGAGAUCUACCUGCUAUGGUGACACAGCUACACUCAGAGGGCCUGCAUUAUAUCAUGAUUGUGGAUGCCGCUAUCUCCACAGCUCAUACUAAGGGUAGCUACCCUGCUUAUGAUCUUGCCAUAGAGAAAGACAUCCUCGUCAAAGAUGGGUUUGGAAAACAACCAAUUAAGGGCAAGGUGUGGCCAAAUGAAACAGUAUGGCCAGACUGGAGUCACCCUGAUGCCACCGAUUACUGGACCCAUGUAGUGUCUCUCUUCUAUGACAAGGUCAAAUUUGAUGGCAUGUGGAUAGAUAUGAAUGAGCCAAGCAAUUUGGGAAACAAUGACAGUGUUACACUCUGUGACUUCAACUCUACACUAGAGAACCCACCAUACUUACCUGCUGUGGCCAACUACACUCUGAGGUUCAUGACAUUAUGUGCAACUGCCCACCAAAGUCUUGGACGUAGAGACAAGGGUCUUGACCUCCCAGGACUUCACUAUGACCUACAUAAUCUAUAUGGCCUCAUGAUGGCUCAAGCUUCAUAUAAAGCGUUAGAGAGGUCCCGGGAAUUGCGUCCAUUUGUGAUCUCAAGAUCCACAUACGCUGGACAUGGUCAGUAUGGCGGACAUUGGACUGGGGACAACAGCGCCACCUGGCAUGAUCUUCGUAUGUCAAUACCAGCUAUUCUCAAUGGCAAUAUGUACGGAAUAUCAAUGAUUGGUGCUGAUAUCUGUGGUUUCCAUAGUGACACAACACCCGAGUUAUGUCAAAGAUGGAUGCAACUUGGUGCAUUUUACCCAUUUUCCAGAAACCACAAUGAGCAGGGAACAAUAGAUCAGGACCCUGCCUCUCUUGGUCCUGGUGUUGCUGCCUCUUCAAGACGUGCAUUGUUGAUACGCUACAAGCUGCUUCCUUACCUCUACUGGCUCUUCUAUAGGAGUCAUGUAUAUGGAGACCCGGUUGUUAGACCCUUAUUCUUUAAGUAUCCUCAAGAUCAAAUCACAUACAGAAUAGACAGUCAGUUUAUGUGGGGAGAUGCUUUACUCAUCUCUCCUGUGCUUACUCAGGAUACCACACAUGUGAAUGCCUACUUUCCAAGAGAUACGUGGUACUGUCUAUACUCCGGGAAGAGAAGAGAUUCUCUGGGGGAAUAUUACAACCUAGCAGCCCCACUUGACAUCAUUAAUUUACAUGUGAGAGCUGGUCAUGUUAUACCACAGCAAGAACCAAGUCUCACUACUACAGAAAGCCGCAAGAAUCCAUUCAAACUGCUAGUCACUCUUGAUGAGUUUUCCCAUUCCUCUGGGGAGUUGUAUUGGGAUGAUGGGGAGUCAUUGAAUACUCAUGACAGAAAGCUCUACACUUUAAUCAGAUUCAAGACCUUGAAAAAUAAGAUCUACAGUAGGGUCGACAUGCUGGGAUACAAAGAUGAUUUACUUAAACUAGAGCAGAUGACAGUCUUUGGUAUGGCACAGAAACCAAAACAAGUCAAAGUGAAAUCCAACCUCCAUGAUGAUUUUUACUAUGAUGAUUCACACAAUGUACUUUAUGUGAACAAAAUGAACAUCACAUUGUAUGAAGCUUUCGUUGUCACCUGGACCUUUACAGAAAUAAAGGAUCUCUCAUAGGACACAAUAUGUACAGUGUGACAGAAUCUGUACAGUUUGACAGGAAAUGUGCAAUGUGACAGAAUCUGUACAGUGUGACAGAACAUGUACAGUGUGACAGAAACUGUACAGUCUAACAACAUCUGUCAGUGUGACAGAAUUUGUAAUGUCCCAUCCAAUUAGAAAACUCCCCAUGCUUAUAAUCUCAAGGGAGUUACUUUUUCACCAUUUUAAAUAUUUCGUGUAACCUGACUCAAAAUUUCAAAAUUUUGGCCAUGCUACAGAAUGUGCAUAUAAAUAAAGAUAAAAAAGUGUCACUGAGGAAUGAUCCAAAACUAUGGAUCCAAGGUUACAAUAUGUCUCACUUUGUAGGGUGUUACAAAAUCUAGAUAGUAUGACAUAUUUACAGCAUGACAUUAUGUGUAAAGUAUGACACAUUGUGUCAGACACAAAAUGUUCAGUGUGACAUAACAUAUGUCAUACUUUCAAGAUUUCCUGAGUGAUUUUACCAAUAUGAUAAUGAUAAAAAUGAUAGUUACUCACCGGGAGGAAUUUGAUAUGGAAAAUAUCCCAAGGAUGAUAUCAUUAUUGCCAGAGGGAACACAGUGACAUAAAAAAAAAAUAUUGAUAUCAUCCGAGGGAUAUUCCCCAUAUCAACCUGACAGGUGAAUUCAAUGGUUAAGAGCAAUAUCAACCUC